AUGCUUCCAUCUCAUCACCCGUCACCGACGAUCCUUCUCCCCCAGCUCCCUCCGAGAACCCUCGUGGGCAUCGACCUCGUCGCAUUCACCUCGACCGCAAACUUCCACGGCAUCCGCGACUUACCUCCUGGGUGGCACUUUCUCUACACUGGUACAACGGAGAGCUUCUCGCUGCGAUGUGGAUCAUGGUUUCACGUGAGCGACGUCAGCCAUGCAGGGACAUGCGACAAUGAAACUGCGCUUGUACGGGCGCAUGCGCAGCCCCCGCCACAAGUACUUUGGGCCGACAUCUAUAUCUGGAAAUGGAGUACAGAAUCCGAGUCUCUUUCAUGUCUCUCGGGGGAGAGCGAUUCCGACCGCCAAGAGGCUAUGGGCUACAAAGCUAAUCUUGGUUCUCUCUGGCAAAGCGGUAGAUUGUUCCGGUACAGGAGUCGUGUGUCUCCCGCCAUGUUGUCGAAUAAGCCUGGUUCAGCACCGCUUGAAGCGCGUCUGGCCGAGGAGAACGAGGAGGCCGAGGAAGAGGGGCGCAGGGAUUGGCGACAACUUACAAAUCGGUUAUCGCCCGAGCUUCUGUCGCGCAUUGUCGGGAGCCCGGAACAAGAUGUAGACGGACAUUUGCGUUGGACGGUGACUUCUGCGAGUACUUCCAAUCGUGAUGCAGAUUAUAUUCCAGGUGUGGAUUCGCCCUCGACAGAAGAGAAGGGGGACGACAGGACUGGAGCCAGACAGACGAUCGAGCGGGAAAAGGAGUUCAACUUUCUUCCUGUGGAUCUAAAGCGAACAUGGCGAGAGGGCGCCAUUGGACGUGAAAGAACGGAAGGUGCUCGAGACAAGACUUGGGCUUUGAGCGAUCUUGUGCUGAGGAACUCGAGUCGUGUCGGGGGCGAAAUCACCGUGGAUGAGAGCACAGGAGAGGCCCAGAUUCUGGGUGAAUUGCAGUUCACGUUUGUGAUGGUUCUAACCAUGAUGAACUUCUCUUGUUUACAGCAAUGGAAGAGGUUACUGGAGCUCGUUUUGACUUCUCGACAGGCGAUCGUUGAACGUGAAUCGCUUGUGAGUGAAGUCAUUCACAUAUUGUUGAAACAGCUCCAGAGAUGCGACGAUGUCGAAGGUGGGCUAUUUGAGAUGGAUGGCGACGAGGGUGGACAUUUCAUACAUGAGCUUCUCAAAAAGCUUCGCCGCUCGGUUGAUGAGGUCGCACCGCAGGGAAGCAAUUCAACGGUCAGGACCGAGCUUGGAAAACUGGAGAGUUGGGUUAAAGAGGAGUUCGACUGGGAGUUGAACCGUGAAUCUGUUGUUCGACGAGGCAUGCUCCAGUUGGAAGAUGGCGAAGAGGUUGAGAUGGAAAUGGAGGAUAACGAUGCUGAUGAAGAGACUGGCGAAUAUGCUCCAAUGGUGGUUGAUCUCGGGGAGCAUCAUACCCCAGUGGAAGAGGACGGUGAUGAGGCCUCGGACCUUGGCGAUGUACGAUAUUAA